ACCAUGACCCGACUCAACCGCCCUUUCCCUUCUAAUUCAAAUUAUCCUAGCACAGCCAAAACAACCCUGCCUCAGUACUCUCAAACAACUCUCACUGAAGGUUUCUAAUCUGCCCUUUUCCUACCUGAAGGUUUAAAUCGGACGGCCAUUCUCGUAGUACACCGAAUUAGGAAAAAAGAAUUGCUUUCCUAUUUUUCGACGAUCAUUUGUCUCUUUCUCUUCAACUUAGGCCUAGAAAAACUAGAUGGGUGAUGUUCUCCCCGUACGUGACUCUCCCCUUGGUGGCAUUGUGAUGGUUUCGGCCUAUCAUAAGUGCAAGCGGAUGUUGAAGAGGGCAGUUUCAAUUUUGAAGAUGGUUAGAAACCCACUGGCAAUUGAUUCUCGUCUAGGACUUGACAAGGCUACGUAUGAAAAUUUGAUCGAUCCUACCAGGCAUCCCCAUCACAUACCACCAGAUCCUCUCAUAAUGGGUAAUGAUUGGUGGUGGAUUCUUUUUAGUAGCAUUCCCCUUUUCUGUACAUGGGCUUGCUUUUGCCUUUUUAUUGUACCUGAUGAGGUUACCCACUUUAUUUUUCUUUUAAGUCUUGCUGGUUUUCAUUUAACCGUGUUGUACUCUAUUCUUUAUUGGCAUCGCGAGAUGUCGCCUUUCCGGUUAAUUGGUGCCAAGGCCAAAUUUAUGCUCGAGAUCAUUCCGAUGAUAGUUGCAGCAACCUUGCGCCUCCUUUUGAAGUACUACUAUCUGAAGUACGUACUUCUGCUGCUAUCCUGCACCACAUAUUUCUACACAUUUGCUCACUUCAUGCACGCCGCCUAUGAUAUUGGAUUAAGAGAUGUAUAUCUCGGGUUAGCAAUGGUGGUACUUGUUCUCAAGUUGAACGAAGAAUUGUUAGCUGGUGCUUUGAUCUUGUGCCUUGGUGUAAGUUUCUAUAGAUACGUGAGGUAUCGUGCUCCUGAAUUGCCUAUUCAUCAUAAAAAGGAGAUGGAAUUGCCUUGUUGACCUUCCAAAAUAUCUCUUACAUUAUGACUCUUACAUGUUACUUUACGAUAAUAGACGAUAACAUUGUUUAUUAUGGGAAUUUGAGUUUUCUUUUUCUUGUAAAUUCCCUUUCUUUUGACACUUUGGCUUUUGUAGUUGUCAAUCAUACUAUAACACUAUUGAUUACUUUGA